AUGGCUAUCGAUGCGGAAAAGGGCCUUGAAAAGGCCAAUUAUUCGACUGUCGACCAGAGCUCCCUCGAGGGAAAUUCAACCGACAACAAUGUCACUCCUGCGCACGAGACCGGCUUUCUAGCCAAGAUCCGAGCCUUCGAGGCCAGGAUGGACAAGAGACUGGGCCUGGAGUCCGAAGCCAUCACACGAAAACGUCCAGAGGACAAACGACCCGUCCACUGGGUGGAAGAGCUAUCCAUGGCAUUGCUCUGGGCAAGUGGCACCCUGAACGUCUCUUGCUUCGCGACUGGCUUCCUUGGCUGGGAGUUUGGUUUGACACUGAAGCAAUCCAUUCUCAUCACCAUCUUCGUCUCUUUACUCGCGGCGUCUUUGAGUGGAUUUUGCGCGACCUUUGGCGCCGCUACUGGCCUUCGACAGAUCAGUGUCUCUCGAUACAGUUUCGGUUGGUGGCCUAAUAAGCUAGUCGCUCUGCUCAAUGGUAUCCAGCAACUGGGUUGGGCCGCCGUUGCUUGUAUUGUGGGAGGCUUAGCUUUGACUGCUGUCUCUGACGGUCACGUCUCCUUGAUUCUGGGAAUUGUCAUUCUGGCCGUUGUUGCCCUGAUUGUCUCAUUGGUCGGAUUGAAAGCAAUUUUGAUCUAUGAGAGAUGGGCCUGGUUGGUCUUCUUCAUCAUUUUUCUGGUCAUUUUCGGAGAGAUUGGCCAGUACGCAGACAAUACAGCUCCCGCCACCGUGACGGGUUUGAAUUUCUCAGGCUCGGUUCUCAGUUUGAUUGCCGUGGUCUACGGAUCCAGCGCGUCAUGGUGUACAAUGGCCAGCGAUUACUAUGUCCACUACCCUGCCGAUGUUAGCCGUGUCAAGGUCUUCUUCAUGACCACCUUUGGUAUUGGCAUCCCAACAUCCAUCGGAAUGAUUGCCGGAUGUAUUGCAGCUUCGGCAUUGAACAACAAACCCGAAUGGGCUGCUGCGUACGAUCAGGGAAUCGGCUACUUGAUCCAGGACAUGUUAUAUCCUCGCGGAUUUGCGAAAUUCCUCCUGACCCUCCUCGUCCUAUCCGGCAUCAAUGUCAACGUUAUCAGCAUCUAUAGUUCUGCCAUCUCAUUCCAACAGCUGUCCCGACCUUUCGGACGCGUUCCUCGAAUCCUGUGGACACUCUUCUGCUUCGUGUGUAUCUUGGCACUAUCGAUUGGAGGUCGUCAAAAGCUGAACACUUAUUUGCAAAACUUCUUGAGUUUGCUGGGAUACUGGUGCACGAGUUACGCUGUGAUUCUAUUUGAGGAGCACUAUAUCUUCCGCAAGGGCAACUUUGCCAAUUAUGAUUUGGAAGGAUGGAAUGACCCUGCCAGACUCCCGCUGGGUAUUGGUGCUGCUGUUGCAUUCCUCCUCGGUGUCGUGGCGUGGUGCAUGGGCAUGUCAGAAACGUGGUUUGUUGGACCUCUUGCAAAAUUGAUUGGCAAUGGUGAUAUUGCCAAUGAAUUUACGUUUGUUGUUACUGCUCUUUCUUUCCCUCUGACCAGGUACUUGGAGUUGAAGCAUUUCGGCAAAUAG